CGACUAUUCUGGAAAUCAGACCCCGGUGCUGCCUACGAUGAACAUACGCUCAAGACACCGAUACAGUUGGCAGCGUAAGACUUGUCAUUCCAUGCAGCGAUGUUGGACCGACCUAACAGAUUUUGAGGUUGAAUACGAAAAGAGACGCAGGGUAAUAUUCUGCGAUAACGAGACGCAUAAAAAGACUUCGUAUUCCCCGCUCCCCGUUUCUUUUGCGUCGCCUCCCAGAAACUCUGCUAUAUGCGUUGAAUUUGUCGUAACCAUAAGACGUUUUGCUUUUUCUAGCGGCGUUGAUAAUAAACAUCAUAAUAAUAAUCAGCCCAGUCAGCCGCCAUGUUGUCUCCUAAGGCCGCCGCGGCCUUCUUCAACCUGUUCCUCCUGGUCUCCGCGGCUCCGUGGAAGCGGCAGUCGGACGGCAUCGGGUCAUGUACCGAUCUCCACAUCUUUCUCGGCCGCGGGUGGAACGAAGCCUACCCCGGCCGACAGCAGAUCCUCUACGACGCAACUUGUAACGGCCUCGCCAGCUGCGACUACGAAGAUAUCCGGUACGACGCAACCAACACCGGCUCCGUCGAGUCGGGCCGUGCCUCCGGUAUCUCUCAGCUACAGGCGUACACUCGGCGCUGUCCCAAUUCCAGGAUCGCUCUGAGCGGGUACAGCCAAGGAGCUAAUGUUAUAGCGGACAUGCUUGCUGAUUCCGGACUAAGCCCGAGUGCUGCUCCCGCGAACCAGGUCUGCGCCGCUCUCCUUUUCGGCGACCCAAACCACGUCCCCAACCAGAGCUACAAUGUCGGGGGCGGCGCCGGGUUCACGGGCAAGUGGCCCCGAUCCCAGUCCUCUGCCAAUAGCUUGAACAAUUUCGCUGGGGUCUUGCGCUCGUGGUGUAACGUUGAUGACCCCGUCUGCGCGUCUAACUCCGGCCAGGACGGCGGCGAGCUCGCGCACACCAACUACUUCCAGGUCUACACCAACGAAGCCGCAUCGUUCAUCAGGGAGAAGUGCGCCGGCUCGCAACCGUCGCCGGACCCACCCGGUGGCGGUUCCGUCUGUGUUGCCGGCACGGUCAAAGCUGGCCUGACAGAGAAUUACACGGGCCUCUGUAACUUUGCGUGUAGCUAUGGCUACUGCCCAAGCGACCAGUGUGAAUGCACGGCCUUUGGUCAGCCGGCACCAAACCCUGGAGGCGACGGACGGGACGGUUGCCCUGCCGGCGGUCUGGACGAAAGCUACAAGGGGCUUUGCAGCUUCAGCUGUAGCCGAGGCUACUGCCCCCCGGGAGCAUGCGUUUAUUGCUAAGUGGUUGGGGACAUAGUCCGGAUAUACGGUCAUCAUAAUAGUGUGCAUCCAGACGUGGUCAGGCAUGCAUAUGUAGCCUGUCAAGGCAUCAUCUAAUCAAGUAAUAUGCAGUCUAUCAAGAGAAGCUUGCUGUUGUAUGCGUUCUUUAUUUUCUAUUCUUUCAUGGUCCUUGAAGUGAAAAGACGCCCACCCUGCAAGAAGUAAUUACGUCACUAGGUGCAGGAUAAUUAAUUAGCAGGAGGUGGGUGAGGCGACUCACUCUAAGCGGCAACAGUGCUUCUUAUCCUCCAGCCUUAGGAGUUAUGUAGUCCUGGU